ACCGACAUGCGAGAGGUGACCCUGAACUUGCUGGUCCUCCUGGCAGGCCUCCCCAUCCUGAAUGCGAAUGACCCAGAAGAUAAAAACAGUCCUUUCUACUACGAUUGGCACAGCCUCCGGGUUGCCGGGCUAAUCUGUGCUGCCGUUCUCUGUGCCAUCGGCAUCAUCGUGCUCAUGAGCGGCAAAUGCAAAUGCAAAUUCCGACAGAAGUCCAGUCACCGUGCAGGGGAAGGCCCACCUCUUGUCACUCCAGGAUCUGCCUACAAUUGCUGA